ACCCAACUUAUGAAACAUUAAAUAUAUUUUCCUUUCUCAGUUCCAUAUUCAAUUGUUAAUUAUAUAUUUUGUGAUAUUUUUGUUCUUUGUUCCACCGCCGACAGUGAUAGAACAAGAGUUAAUUACUAAAAAAACUAGUUAGAUAACUUUUUUAAAAUGCACCUACAUAUUGAUCAAAUUUUUUUAAAAAUAUAGAAAAUACUUGCUUAUUUUUUUUUGUCAACAGAAAAUACUUACUUAUUAAAUAAAAUAAAUAAAUUAUAAACAAAAAAAAUAGAAUUUAAAAACUACCCAAUAUAACGACCAUCUUAAACACACGCCAUUAACACACACACAAAAAGAGUAACUUUCUCCUUUUCUAUAUCUCAAACACACAAAAAAAUGGCUGAGCUUGAGAAUCCGGGAGUAAUGCCGAAGCUAAUAGCCUUCUUAUCGGCGUUGCUAGAACGAGUUGCGGAGUCAAACGAUCUGACAAGGCGAGUCACGACUCAGUCACAGAGCGAUUCCGUGUUCCAUGGGCUGAGUCGACCUUCCAUAACGAUUCAGAGCUAUCUCGAGAGGAUUUACAAAUACGCGGAUUGUAGUUCUUCUUGCUUCGUUGUGGCUUAUGUUUAUCUCGACCGUUUCACUCACAGACAACCUUCGCUUCCGAUCAAUUCCUUCAAUGUUCAUCGUCUCCUCAUUACCAGUGUCAUGAUCGCUGCUAAAUUCCUCGAUGAUUUGUACUACAACAAUGCGUAUUACGCGAAAGUGGGAGGGAUAAGCACGAAAGAGAUGAAUCUUCUGGAGCUAGAUUUCUUAUUCGGGUUAGGUUUUGAUUUAAACGUGACGCCAAACACAUUCCACGCUUACUUCUCUUAUCUUCGAAAGGAAAUGACUCUUCUUCAACCUCUCUCCCUCGUUGUUGUCCCACCAAGAUCUGUCAUUACCUUCAACGACGAUGAAGCUUCUCAUCAGAAACAACAACAACUUGCUGUUUGAUUCUAUUUUCAUAACGUUUUAAAUGUUUUUCGUCCAUUUUAAUUGAAUUGUGUAGUUGUAAAUGAUGUAGAGAUUAGUCGGCAGGGACUGUUAUCUUGUCUUAAUCAAUCUUUGAUUAAGAAAUUCAAAACUCAAUAUCAGAUAACUUUCUCUGUAUAUUUAUAUUUAGAUGUGGACAGAUGGGAUCAUUCAUCUUUA